UUUUCCUUCAAUUGUAAGUGACCCUGGUUAGAGUAGAAGUUUAACCGCGGUUAGGGCCACCGCUGUCCCCCAUUUGCCUAUAAAUCAACCCCUCUCCUACGUUAUCUUCUCGUAUUUCGGUUCUUGUAAGAUUUAGGGUAUCAAGCUUUUUGUGCAGCUACACGCCUCCGAUCUCGUUUUCGUCCAACAAGUUACAUGGUUGAGGUAGACGUUGAAAUUCCUACUACUUUCGAUCCAUUUUCUGAGGCCAAAGAAUCAGGUGCUCCCGGUGCGAAGGAGUAUGUGCAUAUAAGGAUACAGCAGAGGAAUGGAAAGAAAAGCCUAACUACUGUCCAGGGGCUGAGGAAGGAAUUCAGCUACGAAAAGAUCCUUAAAGACCUCAAAAAAGAGUUCUGCUGCAACGGUAAUGUCGUACAGGACAAAGAGCUCGGGAAGGUGAUUCAGCUUCAGGGCGAUCAGCGUAGGAAUGUUUCUCAGUUUCUGGUUAGUGCUGGACUUGUGAAGAAGGAUCAGAUCAAGAUUCAUGGUUUCUAAGUAUUCAUAAAUCAAAUAUAUCGUUUUCUAUGAGUGAAGUGUGGAAAUAAGAGCCUAUUGUUAUAUAUUUUCAAGAACAAAUCUGGGGUUUUUCUGAUAUUAUAUACACAACCCUUUGAUCAUUAGAUCAUGUCAUGGGGUAUCUAGUGGAUUGCAAUUUUAUUCCCUCUGUUAUCAAUGAAAUUCAUAUCUAUUUAGCUAAAAAUAUUUGUCGAUU